CAUUUACUCCAACCUAAUGUGAAGAAGAAGAAUAGAGGCGUGGCUUUGCAGGCCAGGAGGAAGCCAAGCCAACUUCUAAUCGUACGGACCUAAAGCUGUGGAGUAACUAUCUGUCGUCACCGAGAGGCUAGUUGAGAGGUCAUGGCCUACUCGAGCUACAGCAACCUGAGCCGGGCUCAGCUUACCUUUGAAUACCUGCAUACAAACUCGACAACACACGAGUUCUUAUUCGGAGCCUUGGCUGAGCUUGUGGACAAUUCAAGAGACGCCAAUGCCACCCGAAUUGACAUUUACACAGAGAAAAGGCCAGAUCUGCGGGGCGGCUACAUGCUGUGUUUUCUUGAUGAUGGCAUUGGAAUGGAGCCAAACGAGGCAACCCAUGUGAUCCAGUUUGGAAAGUCAAGCAAACGAUCUCCUGAGUCCACACAGAUUGGCCAAUAUGGAAAUGGACUUAAAUCGGGAUCCAUGCGAAUUGGGAAAGACUUCAUCCUGUUUACAAAAAAAGGCAACAGUUUAACCUGUCUUUUUUUGUCAAGGACUUUCCAUGAAGAGGAAGGUCUUGAUGAGGUCAUAGUGCCUCUCCCGUCAUGGGAUUUGGUAACUAAAGAGCCGCUGACAUCCGACCCAGAGAAAUACGCCAUUGAGACCGAGCUGAUAUACAAAUACUCACCUUUUAAAACUGAACAAGAGUUGAUGGAGCAGUUCAGCAAAAUUGAAAGUAUCAGUGGUACACUGGUGAUUGUCUAUAAUCUGAAGCUGAUGGACAACAGAGAACCAGAGCUGGAUGUAGAGUCUGAUCAUCAGGACAUACUGAUGGCUGGAAUGCUUGCCGAAGGAGUGAAACCAGAGAGGAGGUCAUUCAGAGCAUACGCUGCUGUGUUGUACAUCGACCCUCGCAUGAGGAUUUUUAUCCAAGGGCAUAAAGUGAGGACCAAGAGGUUGUCCUGCUGUCUUUAUAAACCACGGGUUUAUAAGUACUCAUCGACACGUUUCAAAACGCGUGCUGAGCAGGAAGUCAAGAAAGCAGAUCACCUUGCUAAGAUUGCGGAGGAGAAAGCCAGAGAGGCAGAAAGCAAGCGUUUAGCCAUGGAGGCGAGACUUGGAGAUGAUGUGUCAAAAGAUUCUCGAACAAUCCUGAGAAAGGUCCAGGAUUCAGCCAUGAUGCUUAGACGGGAUGCCGACAUGAAGAAACGAAUUCUAGAGUCCAAACAGAAAGCAUUAAAGGAGCCCAAGGAGCUGAACUUCAUAUUCGGCGUGAACAUUGAACAGAGAGACCUGGAUGGGAUGUUUGUAUACAACUGCUCGCGUCUUAUCAAGAUGUAUGAAAAGACAGGUCCUCAGCUGGAUGGAGGAAUGGCCUGUGGGGGUGUUGUUGGCGUGGUGGAUGUCCCAUAUUUAGUUCUCGAGCCUACUCACAACAAGCAAGACUUUGCAGACGCUAAAGAGUAUCGACAUUUGCUGAAGUCCAUGGGGGAACAUCUGGCUCAGUACUGGAAGGACACCAACAUUGCUCAAAAAGGCAUAGUGAAGUUCUGGGAUGAGUUUGGAUACUUGUCUGCCAGCUGGUCCGCACCUCCGUCAUCGGAGGCAAGAUAUAAGAGACGCCGUGCCAUGGAGAUCCCCAUUACCAUUCAGUGCGAUAAAUGCUUAAAAUGGAGAACGCUGCCUUUCCAGAUGGAUGCUGUCGACAAACGCUACCCAGACAGCUGGGUGUGUCUUAUGAACCCAGAUAGCACCCAGGACAGAUGUGACGCUGCUGAAAAGAAACCCAAUUUGCCAUGCGGAGUCCUGAAAAAAGAAAAGCAGACAGCCGAAGACAAACAGAAAGAGCUUGCAGAAAAAAUCAAACAGCAGCAGGAUAAACUGGAGGCCUUGCAGAAAACCACUACUAUAAAAUCUGCGGCAGAUAUAAAGAAGCUGCCAAUGGAUGUGAGCAUGAAACCUUCAGCAGAAAGCUCAGCUAAGGCAAGUCGGUCUUCCGAGAGGUCUGUCACGCGCCCCCGAUCACCCCCGCUGCCAGCUCACCUCAAGAUGCCACAGAGUACUCCCCCACCCCGCUUCCCCUCUCAGCGGCCCACCCGGACACCUGCCCCUCCUCCUGCUCCACCUAAGGUUGAACCAUCCAGGUCCAAAGCUACAGCAAAGUCACCCGCAGCAAAGCCCACAGCCAAAACUUAUUCCAAAACACCCCAACCAAGCCGCACUUCAAGGUCACUCACUAAAGCAUCAGCCAAACCUGCUGCUGGACAACGGAAGAGAAUAAUCGUGGAGGAGGACAGUGAGGAAGAGGAGGAGGAGGAGGAAGAAGAUGAGGAUGAGGAAGAAGAAGAAACUGGGGAGAGUGAAGAAGAAGAACCCCAGACAAAGAAGUCAAAGAUGGCUGCUGCAGCUGGCAACCGUGGCAAAGUGGUGGAGAAGGCCCCGGUUGCCAAACGUGGCAAGUUAGAUGAGGUUAACAAACACUUACAGCUUGGAAAGAAAGGAGUAGCUACUCCUUCACGCCAGGCCUCUGUUGCUAAGCCCAAGGCACCAGAGAAGGCACCCGAGAAGGCAUCAGAGAAAGCGCCAGACAAAGGGCCAGGCAAAGCGCCAGAGAAGGCACCACAGCAGGACCUGGAUAUUAAGAAUGCUCAGAAAGAUAAGGGACUGCUAGUUGAAGUCCGUGUCAAUAAGGAGUGGUUCACAGGAAAAGUCAUCGCUGUGGAGACCAAUAAGCAGAGCGUUCGCUGGAAAGUCAAGUUUGACUAUGUCCCUCGAGACACCCCUAAGGACAGAUGGGUGUUUAAGGGUAGCGAUGAAGUCCGCCUGAUGCGGCCGCCGUCUCCCAUCUCCCAGACGCCUGACACUCAGCAGGAGACUGAGCGACUGUCUGCAGCCAUGGAGCCAGACACCACACAACCUGGCACCAGUCGAGAGGUGACCGAGAGCCUGGUCACCAUGUUGAGGACAAUGCUGCGUUACUUCUUCCCUCCUGCUUUUCAGAUUCCUAAGGAUGAUGUAAACAGCAUGACGGCAGAAGAGUUGGUGGCCUUUCCUCUGAAAGAGUAUUUCCACCAGUACGAAUCAGGUCUCCAGUCACUGUGCAACUCGUACCAGAGCAGAGCGGACGCUAAGGCCAAAGCUGUGGAGGAGAAAAGCAACAGCACAGAGAUGAAACUGAAGGAAGCAGAUGAGAAACUACAAAAACUCCGAACCAACAUUGUUUCACUUCUACAAAAAGUUCAAGAGGACAUCGACAUAAACACAGAUGAUGAACUUGAUGCGUACAUUGAGGACCUUCUCACCAAAGGAGAUUAAAUGGGAUGGACAGCAGAGAUCUACAAGAAGGAAAAAGAACAUGCACAUAAAACAACUGACAGCCAUGUAACUGAUAAUCUCCUGGGCACUUCUAGUUAAGAGUCCCAUAUGAAUACCAGGGGGAUCAUCAUCGUUAAACAUGAGCCCCUUUUUCAUUUAGCAGUAAACAUACACUCAAUGCCGGUGUUUCUUUUAUUUCUGUUUUUACAUUAUUGGCAGCCCUCCAGCGUGUUGAUUUUGUUUGUCUUUUUACGAACCUGCUUCUACCAUAUUUGUUCGUCAGUUCUGAAGCCAAACUAUCUUUAAACUUUGGAGGUGGAAUACAGUUUAGGGUCCCUAUCUUGUCAACUAAGACAGUGACAAAAACAAAAAAAUGCAGGUCUCUAUUUUGCGCCGUUGUCAGGUGAGACAUUAAUACGAAGUAUUUUAAGAGUUUGUUUUGACUGGACCCCACUCUACUACGAUCUCUCUGUAAACGUUAACUAUUAUUUUUGUAUACUCAAAAACAUCGGUGUUGGUCAUUAUACUGCCCCAUCCUGUCCAGCUUGACUAGAAAACCGAGUAUAUCACACUAAGAAAUUCAUACUGGGUUUUAUCAGUAUAAAUGUCAACGCCUGUUCUAUUUGUUAUUGAAGAAAAAAAAAAUCCAUUUAAUGCUUAAGUAGAUUGUUCCUACUCAUGGUCUUGUGUUUUUCCGUUUGAACAUAUUUUACCAUGUCAACAAAACUUUUUAUUAAACUGCAUGAUUCAGUCUUCGUGUUAAAUCGGAAGAAAUGGUUCUGUAUUUUUGAAAAAGCUUUACUUAAACAAUAAAACCGGUGCAACAUUCUA